AUGGGUCAUGCGACUGCUGGUGCACAGAUCUUUUCCGGGAACUCCUGGAUUCGAAGGCUGCACUCCGCAGAUCCCUUUGGAUUGGAGGACAAAUUUGGUCUCCGGUGCGCAGGGAGCGUCGGGCAAGUCAAUAGAGAUUGUCGAAAGGGCAUCGAAGGCCAACUGCAGUUAUCGAGCUUCGAUGCUCGAUUAUCCGACUUUAUCCAUAUCCUGAUUGUUUUCGACCACUCAUCCGGAGUCCCUGCGCAGACUGGUAACAUCUACAUAUCCCUUAAGAGGAGCCUCCGCCAAGGAUCCUGGGCAAAAAUGCUUGCUUUUCUUUUGUCCAUGAAGCCAGAAGUUAAGUCAACCUCUCCUACAUCAAUUUCUGAAUGGAAUCCGCUGCUGCAUUCUUCUACGCCCAUCGACAUUGGAAUGAAGAACCAGUCGAGAACUUACCAUAAAGUCGAAUAUCACAUCUUCCACAGAACCUCCUCAUGCCGAUCCCUCUCUCCACUUCCCCAGAAAAUCAACUGGCCUAAAAGGAAGUUCAGCUACGCCAAUCAUAUCUUCAUCCUCAGAUCGAACCUCACCAUUGACAGGACAUACCCGGAACUCACAAAAUCGCUUGCUUUACCUUCAAGCUUGUUUAGGUCGUUGGAUUGA